AUGCCGUUUGACGCUAAGAAGAUGGUGUGGGUGCCGGACGCUAAAGAGGGAUACGUAGAGGGCGAGAUCAAGGAAACGAAAGGCGACAUGACGACAAUUCUAAAGAAAGGAGUUGAAGAGAUGACUAUGAAAACUGAGCACAUUCAGCAGAUGAACCCUCCGCAGUACGAGAAGUGCGAAGACAUGUCUAACCUGACAUACCUGAACGACGCUUCCGUUCUUCAUAACCUGAGGCAGAGAUAUCGCGCCUGGAUGAUUUAUACCUAUUCGGGACUCUUCUGCGUUGUGGUCAACCCCUACAAAAGGCUGCCUAUUUACAACCCAGAGGUUGUCAGCGAGUACCGUGGCAAGCGUAAAAAUGAGAUGCCACCCCAUCUGUUCUCAGUCUCUGACAACGCAUAUGCUGCCAUGAUUGCUAACAGGGAAGAUCAGUCCAUGUUAAUCACUGGUGAGUCUGGUGCCGGAAAGACAGAAAACACGAAGAAGGUUAUUUCCUACUUCGCCAUGGUUGCUGCCUCGGGCGUUAAGCCAGCUGAAGGCGAGAAGAAGAAGGCUAACCUGGAAGAUCAGAUCGUGUCAGCUAACCCUGUCCUUGAGAGCUUCGGUAACGCUAAGACCGUCAGAAACGACAACUCAUCUCGUUUCGGCAAAUUCAUCCGCAUUCAUUUCGGGCCACACGGAAAACUAGCCGGUGCUGAUAUUGAAUCGUAUCUACUAGAAAAGUCCCGAGUUGUGGCACAGCAGCCAAUUGAGCGCAGCUACCAUAUCUUCUAUCAGAUUUACUCUGAUGGCUUAGAAGGAAUGAAAAAGAAGCUGCUCCUCACCGAGGUCAUCGAAACGUAUCACUUCGUCGCUCAAGGAAGAACCUACAUCGAUGGCGUUGAUGAUGCAGAGGAAAUGAGAGCUACCGAUGAUGCAUUUGAUGUUUUAUUGUUCACGGAAGAGGAGAAACAGAAUCUCUACAAGGUCACAGCGUCGGUCAUGCAUAUGGGAACUAUGCAUUUCAAGCAGAGACCGCGAGAGGAGCAGGCUGAGGCCGAUGGCAUGGAAAGUGGAGGGCGUGUUGCUCACCUGCUGGGUGUUUCUGAUGCAGAAUUCUACAAGGGUCUGCUGAAGCCACGUGUCAAGGUCGGAACGGAAUACGUCACCAAGGGUCAGAACAAGGACCAAUGUUACCACGCAAUUUCCGGACUUGCCAAGGCAAUGUUUGAUAGAAUGUUCAAGUGGCUGGUCGUCAAAGUCAACGAAACUCUAGCUACUCCACAUAAGAAGCAGUUCUUCAUUGGAGUACUGGAUAUUGCCGGAUUCGAGAUCUUUGAUUUCAACGGUUUCGAACAGAUCUGCAUUAACUUCACCAACGAGAAGCUGCAGCAGUUUUUCAACCAUCACAUGUUCAUUCUGGAGCAGGAAGAGUAUAAGCGUGAAGGCAUCCAGUGGACCUUCAUUGAUUUCGGUCUGGAUCUGCAAGCCUGCAUUGAAAUGAUUGAAAAGCCAAUGGGAAUUUUUGCUAUCCUGGAAGAGGAAUCUAUGUUCCCAAAAGCUACUGACGACACGUUUAAAGACAAGCUCGUGCAAAAUCAUCUCGGCAAGUCCAAGGCUUUUAUCAAGCCAAAGCCGCCGAAGGGAACCCAAAAAGAAGCCCAUUUCGGCAUCUGCCAUUAUGCCGGCAUCGUCAACUACAACAUUAGUGGAUGGCUGGAGAAGAACAAGGAUCCGAUCAAUGAUACCGUUGCUGAAACAUUUGCAAAGUCCCACGGAAACCACCUGAUGUGCACGCUCUUUGCUGAUAAGCUGGUCAAGGAGGAGGAAGGAGGCGGAGGCAAGGGCAAAAGAAAGAAGGGAUCUGCCUUCCAGACCGUCUCUGCUGUAUAUAGAGAGCAACUGAAUAGGUUGAUGCACACUCUUGAGAGCACUCAACCCCACUUUGUGCGCUGCCUUAUCCCUAACGAAAACAAAGAAGGCGGUGCAAUUGAUGCCGAGCUUGUCAUGAACCAACUGACAUGUAACGGUGUGCUAGAAGGAAUCCGUAUUUGCCGCAAGGGCUUCCCCAACAGGCUGGUCUAUGGCGAUUUUAAGCAGAGGUACCAAAUCUUGGCACCAAAUGCUGUCCCUGAAGGAUUCUCAGAUAGCAAAGACGUUUGUGAAAACAUCCUCACUGCGUUGGAAUGGGAUAAGGAGAUGUAUAAAAUGGGUCACACAAAGGUUUUCUUCAAGGCAGGCUCACUGGGUAAACUGGAGGAGAUGAGAGAAGAGCGUAUCAGGCGCAUUGUUACACUGAUGCAAGCAUGGAUCCGCGGCAAGCAGAUGAGGGAAGAGUUUAUUGUCAUGAAGGCACAGCGUAUGGCAAUGGCUGUUAUCCAACGUAACGUGAGGAAGUACAUCCAGUGCCGCAACUGGCCAUGGUGGAAGCUAUACACUAAGGUCAAGCCUUUGUUGUCUGUUGCUCGGCAAGAGGACGAAAUGAAGGAAAUGAAAGAGGAAUUUGAAAAAGUGAAAGAAGAACUGGCAAAAGAAACAAAGUUACGCAAGGAAGGCGAUGAGCAGAUCGUAAAACUCCAAAAGGAAAAGGCUGACCUGCACUCACAGGUAGAGGGAGAAUCCUCGACUAUUGCUGAUAUAGAGGAGAGGGCCACCAAGCUCAUACAGCAGAAGGCUGAGCUGGAACAGCAGCUGGCUGACGUCCAGAGCCAUCUUCACGAUGAAGAAGAAGGAGCCUCAGCUGUCUCCGCUGCCAAGAGGAAAAUUGAAGGGGAAUGUUCUGACCUGAAGAGCCGCAUUGAGGAUCUUGAACGAAGCCUGAAGAAGGUCGAGAGCGAGAAGACAGCUAAAGAACAUCAAAUCAAGCAACUGAAUGAUGAAAUUGCCCGCCAGGAGGAGCUCAUCGCCAAAGUCAACAAGGAAAAGAAGAAUGUCGAAGAAAAUCAAUCGAGAACUUCAGAAGAUCUUCAGAAGGAAGAGGACAAGUGCAACCAUCUUAACAAGCUAAAGGCUAAGCUUGAGCAGAAUCUUGAUGAACUCGAGGACAACCUUGAGCGCGAGAAGAAGGUGCGUGGAGAUGUAGAAAAAGCAAAGAGGAAGAUUGAAGGUGAUCUUAAGAUGACGCAGGAAGCUGUAGAGGAGCUGGAGCGUGUCAGGCAGGAGCUGGAAGAGAACAUUCGUAGGAAGGACAAAGAGGUAAGCGGCUUAAGUAGCAAGUGUGAGGAUGAGCAAGGAGUCGUUCACCAAAUGCAGAAGAAGAUCAAAGAACUGCAGGCCCGCAUCGAGGAAGUGGAGGAAGAGGUCGAGGCAGAGAGACAGUCUCGCUCCAAGGUAGAGAAGCAGCGUGGUGAUGCCGUGCGUGAACUUGAGGAGCUGACUGAGCGCCUGGAAGAGGCAGGAGGCGCCACCAGCGCCCAAGUAGAGCUGAACAAGAAGCGUGAAGCUGAAUUAGCAAAGCUGCGUCGUGAUCUUGAGGAACAAGCUCUGCAAAACGAAUCAACUAUCUCAUCUCUGCGCAAGAAGCAGAAUGACAUGACUGCUGAGAUGGGAGAGCAGAUCGAUCAACUGCAGAAGGUCAAAGCCAAGGUCGACAAGGAGAAGGCUCAGCUUAAAGUGGAAUUGGAUGAUGCAAAGAGUAACAUUGAUCAUGUUGCCAAGAGUAAGGCCCAAGCUGAGAAGCUGUCGAAGGCAAUAGAAGCACAACUAGCUGAAGCCAAUGGCAAGCUGGACGAAGCCACUCGCACCAUCAAUGACCUAAAUGCACAGAAGUCGCGCGCAGCUGCUGAAAACAACGACCUCAUGCGCCAGCUAGAAGAAUCUGAGUCGCAAGUUGCUCAGUUGAAUAGAGUGAAGGCUCAGAUGACAACGCAAAUGGAAGAGACAAAGAACUCCCUAGAAGACGAAUCAAGACAACGGGCUGCCCUUCAGUCCCAGGUACGCAAUUCCCAGCAUGAUGCUGAACAAAUGAGAGAGCAGCUGGAAGAAGAGUCUGACGCCAGGUCCCAGCUUCAGAGGCAGCUAGCGAAGGUUACAAACGAGUUCAACACCUUGCGAGCACGGGUAGAGAGCGAGGGACUCGGCGGUGGAGGACCAGAGGCCGAUGAGAUCAAACGGAAAAUGCAGGCCAAGCUUCAGAAUGCUGAGGAUACUGCCGAGUCUGCUCUAUCUAAGGUCGCCCAACUCGAAAAGGUCAAAACCAAGUUGAUGAACCAAAUGGAUGAUAUGUCUAUUGAGGUGGAGCGUGCCUCAUCAGCAGCUAAUGCUGCCGAGAAGAGGCAGCGCAACUUUGACAAGACUGUCAGCGAGUGGAAGCAGAAGAGCGAUGACCUAGCAGCAGAGCUUGAGGCAUCUCAGCGCGAAUGCCGCAACAUUUCCACGGAUCUGUUCAAGGCAAAGUCCGCUGCAGAUGAAGCAAAUGAUGGCAUCGAUAGCGUGAGGAGAGAGAACAGGAAUCUUGCUGAUGAGAUCAAGGAUAUCGCUGAACAAUUGAGCGAGGGAGGCAAGAGCAUCCACGAGGUUGACAAGGCCCGCAGGAGAGCAGAGCAGGAGAAGGAAGAAAUGCAGUCUGCCCUUGAAGAGGCUGAAGCUGCUCUUGAACAAGAGGAGGCUAAGAACGUCCGCUCACAACUCGAGCUGCAGCAGAUUCGCCAGGAGAUUGACAGGCGCCUUGCUGAGAAGGAUGAAGAAUUCGAGACCACACGUAGGAAUCACCAGCGUGCCAUCGACUCCAUGCAGGCCAGCCUUGAAGCUGAAGCCAAGUGCAAGACCGAGGUCAUGCGUAUGAAGAAGAAGUUGGAGACUGACAUAAACCAGUUGGAGGUUGCUUUAGAUAGUGCCAACCGCCUGAACGCAGAUGCCCAGAAAAACCUAAAGAAGGCUCAAGCACAGAUAAAAGACCUUGAGAGCCAGAUUGAAGAUGAACAACGUCAGCGUGAUGAGCUUGUUGAAAGAUUGGGAUCCUCCGAGCGCCGUUGCAACAGCAUCAGUGCCGAGUUGGAAGAGGCACGCACUGCACUGGAGAUGUCUGAGCGCAACCGCCGCGCAACGGAGGCUGAGCUGAAUGAAGCCAACGAUCACCUCAGCGACAUGCAGUCCCAGGUGGCCUCUGCUAGCGCUGCCAAGAGGAAGCUGGAGGGAGACCUUACUACCAUGCAGGCCGAUCUUGAGGAAACCAUGAACGAGAUGAAGCACGCCGACGAGAAGGCAAGGAAUGCCACGGCAGAUGCUGCCCGUCUUGCUGAGGAGCUGCGUCAGGAGCAAGACCAUGCCCAGCAUGCGGAGAAGGCUCGCCACGCUGUGGAAGGUCAGCUUAAGGACCUGCAAGUACGUCUCGACGAGGCUGAAGCAAAUGUCCUGAAGGGAGGAAAGAAGAUGAUUGCCAAGCUGGAGCAGCGCAUUCGUGAGCUGGAGGGAGAGCUGGAUGCAGAACAACGCCGCCACAGUGAAGCACAGAAGAACUACCGCAAGGCUGAUCGUAAUGUCAGAGAUUUGAUGAUGCAAAUCGAAGAUUCUAAGAAGAACCAGAUACACUUCCAGGAUAUGAUCGAGAAGCUUAACGGCAAAUGCAAGCUGUACAAGCGCCAGAUUGAUGAAGCUGAAGAGGUCGCCAACAUGAACUUAGCCAAGUACCGUAAGACACAUGCUGAGCUUGAGGACACCCAGGUUGCACUAGAGGAGGCAGAGGCAGCGGCGGCUAAGAUGAGGGCCAUGGCGCGCGGUAGUGGAGUUCGCUCAUCAGCUAAGCUUGAGCAGAAUUUUGACGAGCUCGAGGACAAUCUUGAACGCGAGAAGAAGGUGCGUGGAGAUGUAGAAAAAGCGAAGAGGAAGCUUGAAGAUGAUCUUAAUAUGACACAGGAGGCUGUAGAGAAGCUGGAGCGUGCCAGGCAGGAGCUGGAAGAGAACAUUCGUAGGAAGGACAAAGAGGUAGCUGGCCUAAACGGCAAGUGUGAGGAUGAGCAGGGAGUCGUUCACCAAAUGCAGAAGAAGAUCAAAGAACUGCAGGCCCGCAUUGAGGAGGUCGAGGAAGAGGUCGAAGCAGAGAGGCAGUCUCGCUCCAAGGUAGAGAAGCAGCGUGCUGAUGCUAUGCGUGAGCUGGAGGAGCUGACUGAGCGCCUGGAAGAAGCAGGUGGCGCCACCAGCGCCCAAGUAGAGCUGAACAAGAAGCGGGAGGCUGAAUUGGCAAAGCUGCGUCGUGAUCUUGAGGAGCAAGCUCUGCAAAAUGAAGCUACGAUAUCUGCGUUGCGCAAAAAGCAGAAUGAUAUGACUGCUGAGAUGGGUGAGCAGAUUGACCAGCUGCAGAAGAUCAAAGCCAAGAUUGAAAAAGAAAAAUCGCAACUGAAGGUCGAACUUGAUGAUGCAAAGGCAAACAUCGACCACUUGGCCAAGAGCAAGACGCAAGCUGAUAAGUUGUCUAAGGCACUGGAGGGCCAGCUUUCCGAAGCCAACAGCAAAUUAGACGAGGCCACACGCACCAUCAAUGACAUGAACGCUCAGAAGUCACGUGCAGCUGCCGAGAAUAACGACCUUAUGCGCCAACUGGAAGAAUCCGAGUCACAGCUUAGUCAGCUAAAUCGAGUAAAGGCCCAACUCCAAAGCCAGUUGGAAGAAGUGAAGAAUACAGCAGAGGAUGAGUCGCGGCAAAGAGCAUCACUGCAAUCGCAGCUCCGCAAUGCUCAGCACGAUAAUGAACAGGUGAGAGAACAAAUGGAAGAAGAGGCAGAGGGAAAGAGCCAGCUUCAACGGCAACUAAGCAAAAUCACAAAUGAGUUCAACACCCUGCGAGCACGAGUUGAGAGCGAGGGACUCGGUGGCGGUGGAGCUGAUUCAGACGAAAUUAAGCGUAAAAUGCAGGCCAAGCUUCAGAAUGCUGAGGAUACUGCCGAGUCUGCUCUAUCUAAGGUCGCCCAACUGGAAAAGGUUAAAACUAAGUUGAUGAACCAAAUCGAUGAUAUGUCUAUUGAGGUGGAGCGUGCUUCAUCAGCAGCUAAUGCUGCCGAGAAGAGGCAGCGCAACUUUGACAAGACUGUCAGCGAGUGGAAGCAGAAGAGCGAUGACCUAGCAGCAGAGCUUGAGGCAUCUCAGCGCGAAUGCCGCAACAUUUCCACGGAUCUCUUCAAGUCAAAGUCCGCUGCAGAUGAAGCAGCUGACUCAAUGGAGGCGACGAGGAGAGAGAACAAGAAUCUCGCUGACGAGAUUAAGGAUAUCGCUGAUCAAUUGAGCGAGGGAGGCAAGAGCAUCCACGAGGUUGACAAGGCACGCAGGAGAGCAGAGCAGGAGAAAGAAGAGCUGCAGUCUGCCCUUGAAGAGGCUGAAGCUGCUCUUGAACAAGAGGAGGCUAAGAACGUCCGCUCACAACUCGAGCUGCAGCAGAUUCGCCAGGAGAUUGACAGGCGCCUUGCUGAGAAGGAUGACGAAUUUGAGACCACACGUAGGAAUCACCAGCGUGCCAUCGACUCCAUGCAGGCCAGCCUUGAAGCCGAGGCCAAGGGCAAGGGCGAAGUCAUGCGUAUGAAAAAGAAGCUAGAAACUGACAUCAAUCAGCUAGAGGUUGCUUUAGACAGUGCCAACCGUCAAAACGCAGAUGCUCAAAAGAAUUUGAAGAAGCUCCAGGCGAUGAUGAAAGAUCUUGAGAGCCAGAUUGAAGAUGAACAGCGUCAGCGUGAUGAGCUUGCCGAAAGAUUGGGAUCCUCUGAGCGUCGUUGCAACAGCAUCACUGCCGAGUUGGAGGAGACACGUACUGCACUGGAGAUGUCUGAACGCAACCGCCGCGCAACGGAGGCUGAGCUGAAUGAAGCCAACGAUCACCUCAGCGACAUGCAGUCCCAGGUGUCCUCUGCUAACUCUGCCAAGAGAAAGCUGGAGGGAGACCUUACUACCAUGCAGGCCGACCUUGAGGAAACCAUGAACGAGAUGAAGCACGCCGAUGAGAAGGCAAGGAAUGCCGCGGCAGAUGCUGCCCGUCUUGCUGAGGAGCUGCGUCAGGAGCAAGACCAUGCCCAGCAUGCGGAGAAGGCUCGCCAGUCUGUCGAAGGACAACUGAAAGAUAUACAGGUACGUCUCGACGAGGCUGAAGCAAAUGUCUUAAAGGGCGGCAAGAAGAUGAUUGCCAAGCUGGAGCAGCGCAUUCGUGAGCUGGAGGGAGAGCUGAAUGCAGAACAACGCCGCCACAGUGAGGCCCAAAAGAGCUACCGCAAGGCUGAUCGUCGCGUAAAAGAGUUGAUGAUGCAGGUGGAAGAUGACAAAAAGAACCAGUCCCACCUCCAGGACAUGAUCGAAAAGCUGGGCAACAAGGCAAAGCUCUACAAGCGCCAGAUUGAGGAAGCUGAAGAGGUCGCCAACAUGAACCUGGCCAAGUACCGCAAGACACAAGCGGAGCUUGAGGAUACUCACGUAGCACUUGAAGAGGCAGAAGCAGCAGCAACCAAGAUGAGAGCCAUGGCCCGCGCUGGAGGAGCGACCUCCCGUCCUGCAAGAGGCGCAACCCGCCGCCCUGCCCUUGGAGAUGAAUAAGCCGAAAACGAAAAACCCUGAAGGAAUGAAUGAUUUGGAUUACGAACACAUAUCUUUGAUUGCCGUGCUGCAUAACUACUGUACAACCUACCCUCAAGUAAAGCCACCUAUGAUGUAUCAAAUCUACAUUGCAUCCAGCUGCCACGCCUCUUACUGACCGAUUACAAUAAAUGUGCACUCAUGACUGUCUUAUAUUCGGUUAAGAUUUAAAGGCCGAUCACAAGAUACUAGUUGUUAGAGUUCGGUAUUUUGUACAGUGGAUAUGUAAAAUAAAAUUACUUCUAGUAGGCUAUUAUAUCAAUCAUGCUAUAUAGAGCGUGUGUAGAACAAUGCAUGCCUGUGCUAGUGCUAGAUCUGACUAUAUAGCAAAACAUGAUGGCCGUAGAUAGUUACUGGAAUGCGCAAGUCACCGGCAUGUUUUCCAGGCAAGUGAAAGACAUAUAUCUCUCAUUUCUAUCCACUCGUCACUUCUUAGUCAGAUUGAGCUGAGUUUAGGUACCACAUUUACUGGCGGUGAUAGUAAGGGAUAGUAGAAAAAUAGACAUUAACGUGUUGAAAUAGGUCAAUAGACCACUAGCGAAAAGUGGGUGUGUAGUAAUGAAGACAUCUCAGGUUAAGGCGGUAGUAGUCAAGAAUUAACAUCUGGUAGCCAUUUGCUUUAAGCUCAUUACUCGAACGCUAUCGUUUUAUUGCCCCUCCAAUAAACUCUCUUUGUGUUAUUUUGAUUUGAAUAAAACUAGCUUCGUGAAUAUGAAACUUAA